AUGAAGAUAAUCAUUGGUAUUCUACUUUGCCUUGUCCUUUAUCUGCAAGAUGUUGUGACAAUUGAUCGUCCUAUUGGACCAAGUUUUAUGUCAACAAUAUCAAUUAAACAAAGACUUUAUUACAAUAAUUUAGGUACAAGACUUGAUUGUUCAGCGAUUGGUAUUCCAUCACCAGAGUUAACUUGGUUCCGGACAAAUGGUAGCGAUGAUCGACCGUCAACAUUUGUUGAAUCUUCUGAACUUAUUGAUGUAUAUAAAAAUGGAAGUUUAUUUAUUCGACCAUUUCGAGAUUAUUCCAAAUUAAUACAUGCUGGUACUUUUGUAUGUCGAGCAGAAAAUGCAGCUGGUAGUAUACAAACAACAUCGAUUCAACUUAAACCACAAAUCUAUGAUACAUAUGAAAUUGAAGUAAAAAAUACAUUUGGAUUUGAACAAUCAUCUGUUAUUUUAUCAUGUGAAAUUUCACCACCAUCCGCUAGUUCUUAUGUACACGUUAUAGGUUGGUUAGAGAAUGUAAAUAAUCAAAUCAUUCAAUUAGAUUUACGUUCAAGAACAAAAUAUAAUUUCUUGUCAAAUAAAAAUUUAAUUAUACAUAAUAUAACAAAAUCAGAUGAUAAUCGAACAUAUGCCUGUAUUGUUCAAAAUCAAAUCGAUAAUGAUAAACGUCAAAGUCGAUUUAAAUCAUUACGAGUUCGAGAUCGUUCACCAUUUGGUCCGGAAUUAUCCAUACCAAAUAAUACAGAAUAUCGUGCUAAUGCUGGUGAUCUUAUUGAAUUACCUUGUGGUAUAGCAUCUGUCCCAACAUAUGCUCGCAUAUCUUGGUGGAAAAAUGGAAUUGAAAUAGCUAAUAUUUCAGAACAAAUUUAUAAUAAUUCAUUAAUUCUUCAACUGUCAAAUUUAUCUUCAGACGAUUCAGGCAAUUAUGCAUGUCGAAUUGAUGAUGAAUCAAGUGGACGUAUAGUAUCCUUAAUGUCAUUAAAAGUUGAUCUUCCAAUUCAAUGUAAAAUGUCUAUUCAACAAACAAAUUUUAAUGCUGGAUCAAAUGCUGAAUUUAUUUGUACAAGUAAUUCAAUAAAAUCGAUACCGACACAAUGGCAAUGGUAUCAUAAUUCGAAAAAAUUAUCUAUCAAUAAUAAUCAAUAUUUAAUCUCUAAUUUAACACGAGAACAUAUGGGAAUGUAUCAAUGUUGUUAUAUUACAAAUAGUUUAUUGGAUUCAAAUGCUUGUUGUGCACAAACUCAAGUUGAUGUCAUCAAUUCACCGCCUUUUAUCCUUUCCGCGGAACAGACACAUUCAAAUAUUAUUAUAAUUCCAUCAAAUAAUAUCACACAUGUUCCAAUUGAUCUUAAUUUAACUAUUUAUGCUGAUCCAUUACCAACUAUAGAUAUUUAUAAAGAUGGUCAACAAUUAAUUUUACAUAAUCAAAUCAAUUCUCUACCAUCAGGAGAUAUAUUUACACAUUAUCGAAUUUAUUUAAACAAUCUAACUGAUACAGUUCUUGCAUUCAAUCAACCAAAAUUUUGCCCAACACCAGUUUGGAACCGCAAUGGAUUUACUGUUGCUAAGCAGCCAACACUUGGUUCUGAACCUCUUGCUGUUUUUAUCAACGAGAAAAACUCCGUUUACACGAUCAAUAAAGAAAAGAAACAAGUUUUAGUUUGGUAUGAAGAUACUAUUGAUCCAGCAACGAUUAUUCCUCUUGAUUUUUCGAACUCAUCUUCUCUCUUCGUUACAUCGGACGGAGAUAUUUUUAUCGAUAACGGCGAAAAGAAUAGUCGCGUUGAGAGAUGGAUAUCAAGUACUGAUACUUGGGUUACUGUUAUGGAUGUUUUCUCUUCAUGUUAUGGUCUUUUUGUGGACAUAUAUGACAAUCUAUAUUGUUCAAUGGAGAGACGACAUCGCGUUCUGAAAAGAGACUUGCAUGAUCAUAUGAUGGGAACGGAUAUCGUAGGUGGAACGGGCACUCCCGGAUCUGCCACAUAUGAACUUAAUCAGCCUCGAGGGAUUUUUGUUGUUUGGAAUUCAGAUUUAUAUGUAGCGGAUUGUGGAAAUGAUCGAGUGCAACACUUUCGAUCAGGAAAAUUAGAUGGCGUCACAAUUGCCGGACGAGGAUCUUCCAAUCCUGCAGGUACACUUUCGUGUCCAACUGGAAUAGCAUUUGAUGCUGCAAAUUACCUCUUUAUUGUCGAUUCCAACAAUCAUCGAAUUGUUCGAUUGGGACCACAUGGCUUACAAUGUGUAGUCGGAUGUCGUGGCGAUAUGUCAUCGGUUAUUCAAUGGGCAAACUCAACAGAAUUGACUGCAAAGAGUCAAAUGUAUUCUCAAGGCUGCAACCAAGACAACUUCCACUAUGAUGCAUUCGAGGUAAAGGUGCCCGAAAGUCGUUACUAUACAAUCUGGAGCAGCAGCAACAUCGAUACUUACGGAUAUAUCUAUGAAAAUAGUUUCAAUCCACUCAAUCCAUCUGACAAUUUGUUCGAAAAAGAUGAUGAUGGAGCACCUAAUGACCAAUUUAAAUUCGAAAUUCCUCUUUAUGCUGAUACCACAUACAUAUUGGUUGUGACAACGUAUCGUCCAAGUACCACUGGUGAAAUCAAGAUCAAUGUAUUGGGCUUACAGAACGUCACGAUCAAGCGGCUCAGUGAGUGA